UGUUUUGUAUCAAGAAAAUGCAAUGGCCGCCAUCUUCGAGUCUUGUGAAUGUUUUGGUCGUAGUUUCGAACUUUAAGGCUUAUUUUAUAUGUGCUAUGCAAUUAUAUGAUGGAAACAGUUUCGCUACUUCAUAGGUGUUCAUAAAUCUUUGGCAUACAGUCACAUGAAAUAAGUUUGGAGGCCGAGGUGCACUCCAAGGCGUCAUCUCGGGCUUGACCCAAGAUGAUAGUAUUUACGGUAUGUCAGCUACAUCAGAAUAUAAACCUGCGGCCCGCCAAGAUUACGGGCCGGCCACCCCCAGUGAAAAUGUAUAUGAACAUUUAUUGGAUCACAAAUUAACAGAUAAUAUGAAUGUGUCAAGUGUACGAACUCCUGUUUUGAGGGCUGUCCCCCUUUCUCCCACACAGGGUGAUCCUGAACCUGAUUCUACAAACCCUGAAAGCAUUAUUCAGGUUGUUCAGAAUAAAAUAGAUAAGGAAGUAGAAUAUCACAUUGCAGAGAAAAGAUGUGAUACAGAAAUGUCCGUUGAUACCCUUUCUGGAAUAGUUAGAAUUGAAGAGACUAGCCUAGAUAAUGUAGGACACAUUGCCUACCCAAUUUUACAAGAAGCGGAUGACUCCAAUGAUGGUAGCUAUGUAGAGAAUUCAGCUACUCUCAUUCAAGCCCCAUUGAAUACUGCAAUUGUACAAAAUGUCACUAAACUGCCACAAAAUUUCACUAUAAAUGUUGACACAGCAGCAGGAAAUAUUACAGCAAUACAGAAUGUGUCACAAGAUGUUACAGGUAAUCAAACAUUGUGGUUGCCUACAACCAUUCUUGCGACUAGUGCUCCUACUGAUAGUAAAAGUGAGGAUGACCAGUCACAAAGUGGGGUCUCUCAAAUAAUAAUUACCAGUGAAAGUUAUGUUAAUGAUACCAAUCAAGUAGGUAGAAGAGCUAACAUUGUUACAGAGACUAAUUAUAUCAAUCGUCCAAAAACAUCUAAAGUUCAGAUAUUAAGUAACAUAUCUUUACCAAAAAAUCCUACUUAUUCUCCACAAUACAUUACUCAGAGUAAAGAAAUUACACCUGUAUAUGGCACUCAAUCUCAUUUCUACAAAUGGAGCACAAAUGUGGUUUCUCAGAAGCAUUUGAAUAAUUCAGUACUAUGUACGAAACCGACUAAAAAUCAAUCAUUAAGCCAGUCGCUAAUUGGAUGCUCAACUCUCGCCCCUAAUGUUAUAAACAACAGUCCUAUCAAAAAUGUUUCUUACAGUCAUACUUUUACUAAAAGCACAAACUUAAAUAAAACAUUGAAUAAAGUAAACAACGGUGCUAAUUUAAAUGCAAUGGUUGCUGCAUCUUCUGGCAACACUCAGUGCCAUAUUCUAUCAAGAGUUGUUUCUGGUCCAAACAAGAUGUCAGUUCAUUCUGGAAGAAAAUCAGUAAAUACUACGAAGGGCUCAAAAAACUCGAGUCAAGUGUCUGGGCAAAAGAACCAGUCAAGAGCCAUCAAAAUCAUACAACAAACUGGUGGUGCUCAUAAGCCAGAAACAAAAGCUUCUACAUGUAAUAUUGCUUACAAGAACCAAUCAACACAGCCAGCGACAUACAGUAACAACGAUUCCAAUAAUUCUAAGAUAAUACAAAAAGUUGGAAGCCCAACUGAAAAACCAAAUAUUCAGCAACAGCCUUUGUCAGUUCCGAAGUUUCCUUCAAAAGGGGAGCGCUUAGUGCUCCAGUCACCAUGCGGCCCAGUGUUAAUCUCAACUGCUCCUAUAAGUACAAGUUUACCAAAAGGUCCUCAUUAUGUUCAAUCGGGGUCUACACCUAACUUGCGUUAUGUACAAACUUAUGGUUCUACAGAUAAUCAGAUCUCCACUGUAUCGCAAGUGUCUGCUAAUCAGCAGCUCACUGCUCAAAUAUUGCAUUCUUUGUCUAAACCCAAAUUAAUGUUACAACCUACUCCCAAUCCAGUUGUCACUACUGUUCUCACUUCGCCAACUAUAAAUAUGGAUGAAAUUUUAUCAAUAAAAUCAAACAAUCAAAAGAGAAUUGUUUUUGGCGACAAAUCUACAUUACUAACAGCAGAUGAUAUAAUAGGAAUGGAGGAAAGGCCAAAUUUAUCUGAAGAACUGAGGCGGUAUUCAUUCCAAACAUUAGCGUUCAUCAUGCUGGAUCAUACCUAUGCUCUUCCUGCACAAAAGCAGCCUACUACCCCUACACCAACUAUUACAACAUCUUCUGCACCAACUGCUAUUGUCUCUCCAACCCAAACCACUGCACCAAUAAGUCCGAUGAAGAGAAGUUCCCCAAUUAUUAUGUCCACAACUGCAUAUGAGUUACCAGUAACUACACCGACCAGUGUUGUGUGUCCCCCGACUCCAGUGACUACUAUAAGUAACAUUCAGAUGGGGACCUUAACGUAUAAACCGCAGCCGUUACCGUCGCAAGACGACGAUACGGCUUCAGUGAUAUCUUCUCUGGACGGCGACAGAGCACGAGAAGCGACAAGGGGCGGCAGCGACACGGAAACCGCUCCCGAAGGCGAAGAAGAAGGUAAAACGAGAUGCAUUUGCGAUUUCACACAUGACGACGGUUACAUGAUAUGUUGCGAUCGAUGUGGCGAGUGGCAACACGUUGACUGCAUGGGUAUCGACCGACAGAACAUACCAGAUGCUUAUAUGUGUGAGUUAUGUUUACCCCGGCCUAUUGACCGCCGUCAUGCCCGAGCCAUCCAGUUAAGGAAACGAGAAGAAUUGAGUGCCCUUGGGGCUUCGGAUUCUGAUUCGUCCGAAAGUAGCCCCCAUGCCGGCCAAAGAAGGAAAAGAUUAUUAACUGUUACUACUUACACAAAUACCAGUGGGUCGUUUGUCACUACAUACAAUUCAAAUGUCCCAGUAUUACCACCAUUACCGCAACCGUCACUUACAUUGCCAAAACGUGGUCCUAAAAGACCUAAGAAAGCAGAAGUUCUUAGGAAGGGAAGUAAACGAAAACUGACAGAAAAGAGAGUUAAACGUAAGAAGGAAAUGAUGAUGAAUCGAAAUAAAUACAAUUCAAACUUGUCCAAUCAGUCACAUUGGCAAGAUUCAUAUGAACUUGCAAUGACUAAUCAUUACAGUCCGGAACUGCGAGCUAAAAUCGUCAAGUACAGUAGUAGACUGGGUAACACACCAAACAUGGCGUCAGCAAUAACUGCACAUUUAUGUACCACAGUACCCCAUGCCGGCGGAAAAAUCCUUAUUUCCACUAAAGAGCUGAAAGAGAAUACUCCUAUAAUUGAAUUGCGGGGUAAAUACAUGUUGUCCAAUCAACACCGGCCACAAUUACAAAAUUCCUCCAGGGCAGGUAGUCAGAAACCUGGCCCGUUUGUCUUCUUUUAUAGGCUGCCUAAAGACAAUACUCAAAUAUGUAUUGAUACAAGAACAUACGGCAAUGAAGCGAGAUUCGUACGGAGAUCUUGUAAGCCUAAUGCUGAACUUCAGCAUUGUAUUGUUAAAGGUGCAUUACAUGUAUAUUUGGUUACUAUUGGUGUUAUUCAGUCAAAUAUAGAAAUUACUGUUGGACAUGACACAGAUGGGAGUAAACAGCCAUGUGCUUGCGGCAAUCCAAAACAUUGUAAAGUGAAUGGUUUAAAUUCUGUGGUGUCGAGAAAGGGUGUCGAUUAUCCUCCUAGAGAAAAGAGAAGUAGAAAUCGAUGUUUUAGCACAUCGUCCCCACUGUCGCCACCACCUGAGCCACAGCCGACUACGCCAGUCAAAGAAUUCACGCCAAGUUUGCCUGUUAAAGUUGAAAAGAAGUCUCCUAUCAAACAGGAAUGCCCACCAAUGUCACCAAUAAAGGAGAACAUUACACCAUAUAAUUAUGAUCAGCCGGUGUUGCAAGACAUAAAACCUGACAUAGAUUUGUUUUCAAAAGAAGAAUUAAAGCCAGAGUUCGAUGAACCAGACUAUGCUAUACCCAAAGAAAAGCCUGAAGAGCAACCAAUGAAAUCUGAACCAGAUCCAGAACCUAUCCCUGAAGAAAUAAAAACUAAGAAGGAGGUAGACGAAAGUCCACCUGAAAAUGAGGAUUUGUAUUUUGAUGAAGAAGAAGAGAAGAAACCCGAGAAAAUUGAGGAUAAAUCGAUUACAAAAGAAGAGGAACCUAAAGAAGAUGUUAAACAGGAAAUUAAACAAGAAGACGAGAGGCCGGCGACCAGGGAGUUCACCGCAAAGUCGGCGUGUCACGACAGGUCCUCUAGGUCUAGCAGGACAACGUGUGUCAAUCAAGACUCCAUGGAUGACAAAACGGAUGACUCUCAAGAUAAAAUACAGACUGUCAAUAAAGGAAAAGAGAAGGAAAAAAGAAAAAUGACGCGUGAAGAAAGGAAAAUGGAAGCAAUAAUGAAGGCCUUUGAAAGAAUGGAAAAAGCAGAACAGCGUAAACAAGAAGUAAAGGAGAGGCAGAAGAGGAGAGAAUCUGAUCCUCAUCCUAAUGCAACAGAGAAAGAAGAUGAAGAAGAAAUACAAAAUGCUACUAAAAAGCGUAGAAAACGCAAGGGGCGAGCGCGCACGACGUCGCAGUGCAACCGGCGGCGGCUGAACUCGGCGGACAGUGACAUGGUGACGUCAGGCGACGAGGGCCGCCCGUCCCCGUCGCCGCCGCCCGCCACCCGCGCCCACCCGCACGCCCACACACAUGCCCACCCCGCACACGCCGCGCCCACCCUGCCGCCGCGCUCGCUCGCACCCACUGAGGAUCUUGGUCUCAGCUCUGCUUGUUUAUUAGUUGAAGCUGCAGUCGGUUCCGUCGAGUCCACUUUUAAGCUGCCCAAAACAAAAAAGACAAUCGCGACGGAAUGGAUCGGACGAUCUCCAGAGAGGACGCCCUCUCCCUACCGUUCUCCAUACCAGCCCUCUUUAGUGGGGGCGACCUCGUUGGAGAGUCUCGUCCAAGUAGCAUCGACGAUGAUUGGCGAUUUGAGUGGCGCACAGGAUAUAGAUCACGAUGAAGACAAUGCGCAUUCUUCACCACCUAGAACACCUAUUAGAGAUAGAAAUAAACCUCCGAAAAAAGCUAGAAGGAUUACACGAAACACUCCAGCAGAAGUGACAGAAGUGACACCAACAAUAGUACCACAGCACAGUGCCAAAAAGAGAUGGCUCCGACAAGCUAUAAGUGAAGAAAGUGACUCUCCUUCAGCAGAUGUAUUUGUUUCAGAAUCACCGCCUAAUGAAAUGAUAACCCCAUUAAAGAAGAGGAGGUUAGCAAGAGAAUCGUUGUCCUGUGAACAGAAUCCUAUUGUGCCUUGUGUUGACGAAGUCUCGCCUGUUUUAACAUCAGAAGACUCACCAGUAAAAGACGAUUCGCAGUCAGCUGCUAGACAGUAUAAAGUAAGAAAUAUAAUGGAUAGCAUCUAUGGAAGGGAUCGGACGAGGUCUGACAGUGGUCAGGGUUCAGACGAUCAGUGCAAUAUGGACAAUGAUGUUUUGAAUGUAAAUAUAGUUCCACACGAUAGUGAAAAUAUAAGGAGGAUCAUUGGAGUGCCGCCUACUGGUGAAUAUCGUAUGUUACCAGAGAUCACAAAGCCAGAAGAUAUAAAAACUAAUAAUAAUAAUGUUGAUAUUGAAGACACAAAUUACAACAAAGUUGUGCCGAUGGAGAUCGACACGACCGUGUCAGCCCAGCCCAAAUUAGAAUCUAACGAGAACAGCUGUAGUGAUAUCAAGGGUAUAGACAGUCCAAACGAUAAAAUAAAUAGUUGUCAGUCGGCUGACACCAGUGGCAACUCGUCCCCGCAACGAGACGAAAUGGACGACAUACAGAAAAAGAUCCAUUCAUUCCACACGGAGAACAUUCAAAUACUGAAAAGUAGGAACAAGAAGCCGAAAGAGAAGCGGAAGAAGGUGAACUUAAAUUUUGAUCUCAACAUGGUGGACGACCAAAUCAGUAUUCAGUUGCGCACAGAGAACGACACUAGCAGUUCCAAAUCGCCGGAGAUGAACGGCGACACCCACGACGACAUGCACGUGUCGCCGGAGAAUAUCCCGUUGCCACCCAUAGAAUCUAUACCGUUGCCUUCACCAGAAAACAUACCGUUACCGGAGGAGGACAAUCUAGUACCAUUCAUACCCCCACCGGAGGCCAUCCCGUUGCCUGAAGAGCCAUUGAACGAAACGAAACCCAUCAGAGCGAUAUCACCCGUGGAGAUAACCGAAGAGAAACAUUUCUGCGGCAUUGAAAAAUCGUUGCCGCUAGAUAGUUCGACGUUACCUUUCUCCUCGCGCUUCAGUUCAACAGGAUUAUUCUCUGGGAUAUUCAGCAAUAUGUACCCAACUUUCAACCACGAGAGUCCCAUUAAUGAAAACGUGCCGUCUAUAAUAAAGAGUGCAAUAGAUAAAACUACAAGUUUAGAUAACAAUAUAGUGGAAAAAGACACGCUAGUGGUGGACGAGUUAAAAAAUGUCCAUGAAAUAUUGAAUCGUGUGAACAGUAUGGACUCUAAUAACAGUGUGAUACUAUCGGGGGUGUUGAAGAGCUCCAAUAAGUCGGACUUGCUGUCGUCGCCGUCUCCGAAGCCUACAAGUAAGCCGUACUGUCCGAGGACCAACGACCCUCGACUCAACCCGCCGCCGGCCGAGAAACCUAAACCUGUCAGAAGGAAGCUCUCUAUCAGCGAAUACCGCAAGCGACACAAGGGCCCCGCUGGGCCGGGCGGCGGCGUGGAGGCGGAGGGCGAGGGCGGCGAGGGCGGCGAGGGCGAGGGCGCGGGGCCGGAGGGCGGGCCCGAGUGGUCGUCGGAGUCGUCGGGCGCGGCCUCGCUGUCGCCGCAGCGGCUCGAGGCGGCCGCGGCGCAGGCGGCCGACGACCUCGAGCAGCGCCUGCACCGCGAACUCUCCUCUUCGCAUGCCCUCAAAGGCGUAUUCGACGCCCAACCAACUGCGCUGGAACUGCAGCGCGAGAAUUUAAGCUCUCGAUUACGUCGUGAGUUCGGUCUCGCUCUCCCCGACGACGAAGAGGCGCGACCGCCCACGGAGAACGGUACGACUCGGCCAUACAGUGCCACACAGGCCACACACACGGGUCCCGCCCGACAUACACACACAGACAGAUACAGACGACGGUUUUAGUAGUACCUUCGAUUACUUUAGAAGGCAAACAGACGCAGAGAUGGCGCGUCCGGGAAGCGGUGCGACAGGUAGAGGCGGCCGGGCUCCCCUGCGCACGUAUAAAUAAGACAUAUUUUUGUAAAUCUCACAUCGGCGCCGGCCCGUCGCUUGUAUUAUCAUAAAAUUAAUAUAACUUUUGUAUGGACUCGUGUAAGUGCGCCCGAGAGCGCGUUUGUAUAUUUCCGUUUCUUCUGUUUUUAAUUUUCACGGUUUCUCUGCAAGUACAAAUUGUUUUUAUUUCCCCCUUGUACAUAUUGUAUAUAGAAAAUUUAAGGUAAAGCUAGGUAACCUACGCAGAACUUAUGUAUGUAUAAUGGUAUAAAAGAUUUUUUAUAUAUGUACAAUAUUUAUGUAUUUUAUUGAUAUGUUUAUUUAUUAUAACAACCUAUCGAUAUAGUGCGUCUAGAUGCGUUAGAUAGGACUUUUGUACGCAUAAUAUUUAAGUAAAUUAUAGUUGUUUUUAUUAUUUGUUUUACCUUUUCGUAGCGUAUAUAGGGGGUCCGCGGACUCGUCCUAGACUGUAGGUCUUGUUAGUGUUAGACAUUUCACAUUAUUAGAGAUGAUACGAAUCGCAUUAGCCAUUUUAGAGGUUAAAUCUGUGUUAUAAUUUAAGUGAAUGCGUGUGAUGUCGCACGUGUUGGGUUUGGACGUCGGUCGAGGGCCGAGAGGGUUGUAAAUUAUAUCGUUCGCUGGACGCACCACGGCGGGGUCCAAACUUAUCGCCUGGCGGACAUGUUUGGCAGUUUUAUCGUAACCUAUCAUCACAAGCCGUACGGCAGCUGUGUUAUAAAUUAAUUAUCGACUCUUUGGGUCGUACAUAAUAUUUUUAGCAUCGGCGAUAUCGCGUUUUAGCGACUAACCAGGUUAAUUGCAUUUUUUAGCAAUUGUUUUAACGCUGCCUUUCGAUAUAGGUUUGAUUGUGGUAAAUGAACACAAAUGUGGCGAUUCGGACACGGCGUUUUCCUUCCUGAUAAGCAACUAAUUCACCGAUGCUAAAAGUAUUAUAUAUAUAUUAUUAGUCCUAACAUGGUCCUCACAUAUUACUAUUCAUUUGUACAUUUAUUUUACUUGACACAAUUGUGAUUAUAUUUACAAUGUAUUUAGAACUGUGAUUGAACAAUGAGUGGAAUGGAUAGUUCUUAAAUUUUUUUUUAUUCUAUUAUAAUUUACAUCACAACCCUUUUAUAGUUCUCUAUUCUAUAGCACGCUGCAAAUAAUAUUCUUGCGUUUAUUAUUUUUAAAUAUAGUCCGUUAGUUAUUUUACAAUGUGCUUUGUUAUAGUUGACAAUGUACUGUUAGUAUUUUGUUUUGCGCUGUACAUUGAAUAAAUUUUGGUCCAUUUUUGACAUUUUAACAGCAAGAGUAACAUGGUGACUGUAUCAUUCGAACUUGCCUUAAAUAAUAAUCCUCUUUUUGAAGUUGGUUGAAAAUAAACAUUUUCCAAAUUGCCACAGUAUAAUUCUGUCACAGGUGAUAUUAGUAAAACGUAUUGAAAGCUUUGAGUAGAAACUGUAUGUUUCUUAUAGUAUAAUUAGGGUUUUGUUCGGUUCAAGAAUACUUGAAUUUUUUUAUUCAAUUUGUUAACAAAAUUUUCUACAAAAUUUAACAUACAAUACAAUGAGGAUUUAUAUUAAAAAAAAUAAUAUUGCUCUCUUGUUACAUCAUAUUUGAAAUACAUUCAGAAUUAGGACGUUUUCUACGUCUCCUAUUUGUGUCUAUUUGUGUUAGACAUUUGCGGUUAAUCGUUGAUAGAUCUUUGAAAUAAUAGAAUCGUGAUAUCGCAAGUACUUCGCUCCAUUGUGAAUAUUAUUUGUGGCAUGUUUGUACAAUAUUAUAAUGACUACUGUGCAGUUACAACGAAUAGAUGUUGUGAGACCGCGGGCUAACUGAAUAGGGUACGUAAUCUCGUUAUCGUCCCAGUGAUUAAACUAAUUACACGUUGCAAAAUAUUCUGUUAGUUAUACAUUUCGUACGUAGGGUCCUUUUUUGUUCGUACCUGCAUGGCCAUGAUUGUCAAGUGAGUGAUGUGCGCGGGGCCUUAUUAAUUAUUAGAAGCUUAUAAAUUUCCUCGAAUACGUCUUCGGUGAUAUUUUUUUGGGCCUUAUUGAUGUUCUCAAGUCAAACAUUACGCGAUAUAUGACGGACGUAAUGGUAAUUGAGCCUAUCAUUUUGAUAGACUUACAGUUUGACUUUUUUUUUUUUGGUAAUUUUUAUAAUCUACUUAAAAUAUUUUCCAUGUAUCUAAAAAUUUCUCCAACUAUGUUUAGGUUACAAUUGAAUCAGGAUUAACUCGACUGAAACAGAAAUAUUGUUUAGUGUAAUGUAAAAUGCUAGUUGAAUUCUCCCUUUGAUUAAAUUAAGCUCCACAGAAUAGUACUAAAUUAAUGUAAAUGUCGACUUAGACAUGAGCUGUGCUUAAAUUUUGUGAGAUCAGAAUUUACUAAUUGUUCAAUUCAAUUAUCUUUUACAGAUAUAUAUUUUAUUUAAUGAAUUCGUGCCAGUGUUAGUUUUUUUUUUUUUUUUAUUUAAUACUAUAAUCAAUUGCACAUCUCAUUUCUAAGACGUCAUCAGCGUGCGACGGUAAAUGGCCAUGUACAUUAGAUUGUAACGAUGUUUUGUAGUGAAACUACAUGCAUUUUUCUGUAGAACCCAGUGUUUGACGCUCUGUAAUAUAGUUGCUCAAAAUAGGCAAAUUUGUGCGCCAAAAUGUACUAAAUCUAAAAUGUACGAGACAUAAAAUUACUGACUGGUUUUGUGACUCGGUAAGGAUUUCUUUGUACUCCCAAUGUAAAGCACAUAUACUCACCAGUUUUAAAUUUAUUCGUCAAUAUGACACAGGCAUAGCCACUAAUGGAAAUUAUUAUUUUUAGACAAUUGGAUUGAUUCAUUGGUAUUCAGAGAAUGCUUUUGGAACUUAUAAUUUUAUUUAUAAUAGUUAUAUAUUUUAUAAAGCAAUCAUGCAUACUCAGUAAUUGCUCUGCCUACCUGCUUCGCAGACUCGGUGUGAAGGUAGAAUCUUAUACAUUUUCUGCUGCUUGACAGAUUUGAAUGAAAUUUGGCAGAUGAGAAGAAUAAAUUAGGCAUAUUGGCUAAAUGGCGUAAUCACAUACUUCAUGCAGAUUAUUCGAGGUAUAAUUAAUACAAAAAUAAAUUAUAUAUUUAUAAAAUAUAUGGGGAACUCGUUUUAUGAGUUGAAGAUGCACAAAAACUAAUAAAUUGCGCGGACUCUUAUUAAAAAUAAACGGUCUCGCCAAAAUACAAGUAUUAUAAGUGUUUAUGGCUUGUAUGUCCGAAUUAUGGUGUGCCUACCGAUUGUGGUUAAUGUGUAAUUGAAUCGAACCCCAAGGCACUGAUGUAAUGUUUUAAUUUGAUAGGAAUACAUACCGUACAAGCCAGAAUUCGGACAUGAUGGUCUACACCAAAUAGCGGACUACUUAAAUCGCAAUAUUUAUACUUAAAUGCAUAAUCAUAAUAAUGAUAGACUUUAGUGAAUGUGUUGCAAUAAAACGCCUAAAGGCUAAAUAGGUAACUAGUGAAUUAUAUACAUGAUAUUUUAGUAGUGUUAUUUUAUUUUUGUAUUAUAAAGGUAUUAAAAAAGAUUUUACGAUUUUUUUUUUAACGAUGCCAUGAAAUCAACCCCUUGCCGGUCUCGAGUAUGUCAGUGGUUUGUCUGUAUAUGAAAUGGUAAUGUAAAUAUUUUGAUCCGCCGUUUAUUAGAAUUGUGAAUUUAAUGCUUAAUGUGUCCAUGUUUUAAGUGCAUUAUGCUGCGUCGCGUCGCUCACCCGUCGUAUGUAUAUAAAGAAUUACUUAUAGAGAAAUAGGUAUCGGUAGUGAUUGUAAUCUCAGUGCUGGUAUAUAUAUAUAUAUAUAAAAUUUUGUAACAGCAUAAACGUCGAAUGCAGCAUAAUGCUCUCGAAACAUACAAGUUUCCGUAGAAAUUAGAAAGGAUCUUUGUGAUACAUUUUUUAAUAUCAUCCAGUAGAGAGCGGUGUUUGUGUAUAUAAUAAUAGAAGAGUAAUGGAUAAGUAAAAGCGAUAAGUAAAAGCUAUAUUUUGUUAUGGUGAACACGUGACGCGCCCUCUGUAACUCCCGUUUGCCAUAUCUUAAUAUGGGUACUACGAGCAUUUGUGAUUGCACCCACCUUUGAUCCCUUCUGCCUUUUAAUGUAACUGUAAAGUAUUCGUUGUAACAAUGGAAUAUUUUGCAAUAUUAAUAUAAUUUGUCUUUCAUCACACAAGGAUCGUAAAAUAGAACUGUGUAUAUUAUUCAGAUGUUACAAAUUAUUAUUUCUUUCUUAAUGUUUGAACUAAGCAUGUAAAAUUUAAAAAUAAUAUAGAAUAAAAGAUGUUAUGAUAAUUAAUUACAUAAAAUCUUCGUUUGAAU